AUGAGCUUCAAGUACUUCACUCCAGAAGUACUAGACCAAUUUGAUGGAGCAGGAAGCAUAGAGAUCCUCGAGGCGUUGGAUUCCUACGACGUGGCCAAUGCAGACAGCGAGACUGAGCUAGUGUUACUUUUCACCGAGUUGAUACUCUCAUACGAGGACGACAAACUUAAAAUUGUGAAUAUAGUGGAGUUCCUUAGCCAAUCAAUAAAAAAUGAUGAGAUUGCCAGGAUAUUUUGUCAAGUGUUGAAUGCAUUCCCCAUUGCAGAAAAGAGCCGCGAGUUGUUGUCGACUUUGAGCGAGAAGCAAAGCAUCAUCAAACCAGACACCAUUGCCUCGUAUAUCAGUGCUGAUUUGAUCAAAGACGCCGACCUUGUGCCGAAAGUGACACUCACCAAGACCUUGAAUGCGAGAUUGAGGGACAAGCUUUACACGCAGAACAAGUUCAACCUUUUGCACGAGGAGAUUGAAGGGUUUUCCAAAUUGGUCCUGGAACUUUGCAGCAUUUUCAGCAGCAAAGAUACCGAUCUACAGCUUGAUUAUGUAUUGCAAGUGAUUGACAAAUUGAUUGGUCACUACAAGUUAGAUCCCAACAAGACGCUAAGCUUGGUUCUUGAAGUUCUUUCCUGUUUCAUCUUUCUGAAACCAGAUUGCGUGGUGCUGCUAUUGAAGAAAAGCAAGUGGUGGCCCAGCAAAGAAAGCAACAACAACAACAACAACAACGCUUUAUCAAUUGAAACGCUCUCCGAGGGCGGAAGUGUAGUGGCGUCGCAUGUGCUAGGGAUGAAAAUCAUGGCUCACCCGGGCAGCCGAGACUUUCUGGAUAACACCACCAACAUGAUUGCGAUUUUGAUCAAGGAGGGGUUUGUGAGUUUUGGGUCCAUUUACAAGUACAUUCGCCCCGAUGAUGAAGGCAUGAGGCUGUUUGAAGAAGCAUACAACUCCGACUUGCAAGAACAAGUACUGAAGGCUGGAGCAAACGCGCUUGCACUCGCUGCGCCACUCGCGGAUGAAGACGAGGAAAAACCUUUGGAGAAGAAAAAGCUAGUGGAAACUACGGAAAAGCAGGCAGUAGUAGAAAAGAACCACCGAUUGCAGUUUUUAAAAGCGUUUGCUGCCAAUGGGCUUUACAUGCCGUGCAUUUACGUGUUGUCGCAAAACCCAUUUCUCGCACACUUGGAUAACGAAAUAAAGCUUGUCUUGAGCAGAAUGUUUGAUGCAAUGCUUGACCCCUUGUACGAGAGCAUCAGCGAUUUCAGCAAAAGUGAGCUUUGCCAUCUCGCUACAAGCAAAAUGACACACGUUUCACGUCCGGGAAACAAGGUCUCAAAAGAAGCGCCAAAAUUAAACCAUCGUAUCAGUAUUAGCUUCAAAGUAUCCGGAACCGACUCUAGUCAAAGCCAGAGUCAAAGCCAGAGCGUAUUGCAUUUCUUUAACCGGACUUGGAGCGAAACAUUACCCAAGAUCAAAGACUUUGAGUCUCUCCUCAAAGUGUCGCAGGAAUUCCUCAAAUUUAUUGCCCUGGACCUUGCUGAGAACGUGCCCUUGUUUAUCAAGCUUUGCGACGUGAUUAAAUCGUUUUCAAACCAAGAGCAAUACAAAGAACCGAUUUUCCACUACUUUAGAAACUAUAUCUUCCCAGUGAUGCCCUUGAUCAAGGGCAACUCCAUAGCCAUCGACAAGGCAUUUGCGAUUCUUGCAGAGUAUCCGCUUGAAGACAGAUUCAGUGUCUAUGGAGAAUUGUACAACAACUUGAGAAAAAACGACUUGGGUGUGAAAAUUGCUUACAGUGUUGCUGAAAAAUCGACAAAGGACGUCUUGAAAAGACUCUCCAAGGAAAACAUCCGCCCCAUGAUGCGAAGGCUCGCCAAAAUUUGCUUCUCAAACCCACUUCCAUGCUUGUUGACUAUUUUGCAGCAAAUCGAGAGUUACGACAAUUUGAUUACCUUGGUCGUCGAAACAGCUCGUUAUUUCAAUGCUUACGGCUGGGAUAAUUUGACGGUGGCCAUAUUGAUGCGAUUGAGCUCCGACAGAAGCUCGAGCCUGGGCAAUGGGAUGAUCGACCGACAGUGGCUCCAGUCGUUGGCUUCCUUUAUUGGCAAGAUAUGCCAGCGGUAUCCAAACGCUAUAGACAUACGAACAAUUUUACGAUACCUUUUAAAGACGUUUUAUCUGGGAGAAAGAACCGGGUUGCUCGUGCUCAAGGAAAUGCUAGUCUCAAUGGGCGGAAUACGAACCACAUCGGAUUUGACUUUGAAGCAAGUGGACAUGAUAGGAAGCGGUUCCUCUUUGCAAAAGAUGGUUUAUCGUGUCAUUGACGACGUGCGAUGCGAAAGAGUUGUGUCGGGGAGCCAUUUGUUCAAUUGCUUCGUGGAGUUGGGAGCGAUUAACGAAGUUGUCAUUCUCCUUUGCACAAUACUCAAUGACUUGAUAUUUGACCGCACCGAAAACCAAUUGAAAGUUUUGGCCAGCAGAGCCGACGAUAUCAGCGAGGUUCUCAAAUUGUUCAUUACCAUGGUGGAGUUCUUUGGAGAUGCGGACGUGAAUAUUCUUUCGAUCCAGGAUUUCCACCAAAAACAUGGCAUCCCAGUCGAAUGGAUUUUCGACUUGUGGCGAACGAAAAAGAUGGAUUUCCUCGAGCAAUACGAGAAUUUGGCAAGCGGCGUGUGUCCCGAGGGUUUAGCUCCAAGUUUGUUUUACUUAUUUUGGGCCUUGUCGUUGCAUGAUAUCAACUAUCUGGAUCUGCUAUAUGAAGGGGAAAUCGAAAAAUUGGAGGGAAGCAUACGAGGCUUGCGAAACUCAAUGACAAUCAAUGCUAAAAACUCAAACUUUUCGCGUGACAUGAUUGAUAAGUACAGGAUAGAAAUUGAAGAGAAUAGGCGGUUCAUUGCGCAGAUACCAACAGAUAAAGAAAAACACAAGGAGCUGAAUGAAUUGGUGAGCAAAAAAUUAAGAGACGCAUCUGCUGAGUGGUUUUCUUCUCCUUCUUCUGAGAAACUGCACAAAAACUUACAAAACUUUGUGCAAUUUUGCAUCCUUCCUCGAGCUGUGCAUUCUCCAUUUGACGCUGUUUUUGCCGCUAGAUUUGUGUUUAAGAUGCACGAGUUGGGUGUUUCAAAUUAUGCUUUGAUGGAAGCUUUGGAUCUUUUGUUUGACUCCGAUGUCAUUCUUUCCACUUUGUGUUCGUCGACACCGGCGGAAGUGGAAAGUCUCGGGUUCUUUUAUGCCAAUCUUUUAAAAACGCUCAACGAGAUGACAAGUGAAAAAGAAGAAGAACAAGAAAAGUUUUCCAAGGGGUCAAAUUUGGGAGAUUUUGAUGCGUUUAGAAACACAGUGUACCACUAUCAUGCUAACCUCUUGACUCAAGUAGACGCUGCUUUGCUGGCACCGGACUAUAUGUCGAGAAGCAACACCAUAUUGUUGCUAAAGGGGUUGAUCAGCGUGUUCCCUAUCGCAGAAGAUCAUGGCGAAGAAGUUGUGAAAAUCAUCGAGAAAGUAUUAUCCGCCGAUGCAAGAGAGGACAUUAGAUUGUCGUCGGGUGCUUUAUUAGGUCUUAUUAAGGCGAGAACGAAGCUAUGGCUCCCAAUCUAUGAUUUGAUUCCAAUGAGUGAGGAAGAAAAACAAACAGUGAUUGAAACCAAAGCCAGGGUUUUAAAAGAGAAGGAGCUCGCUGAGAAGAAGGAGAAGGAGCAGAAGGAGGAAGAAAAAAGGCUAGAGAGGUUAGCUCGUGAAGAGGAGCAAUUGAUUAAGAAACGAGCCGGUGCCAUAAACUAUACCCUGCUGCGUGCUCCACAAAGCAGGCCGCUAUCUAGAAGCGCGAUUAAUUCAUCCGGCAAGUAUGAGGAGUACGCCGUAUCGAAUGCAAAGAGCGAGCAAGCGGCCAACGUUUCCACUAAUGUCAAUCUCGACGACGCUUCCUCGAGAAAGGGAGAUGGUGUUAAAAUCGACAUUCGAACCAGACUCUCGCAAAUGAAGCAGGAAGACCGCGCGAGAGCGCGGUCGGAAGAACCGCCAGAGGUUAGGGCAAAAGUUGUAAUAAAAGGCGAGUCACGGCAAGAUGAAGGAAAAGGUGAAGGAAAAGAUCCAGAGGCUGACGUGGAGAUGAAAGACGGUUCACACCCACGCAAUGAGGACAACAGUGCCGACGUGGUGAACGAGGAAACCACUGUCAAUGGCGACAAGGACGUCAAAGACAAGGACGACAAAGGCGACGGCUCUGCGAUGGAAGGUGCUCCAGAGAAGGCGGAAGAGACGGAGGCCAUGUCGGUAGAAGAAGAAACAGAAGGAUAUGACGUUGCAGAAAAGAUGGAAGAAAGGAAAGGAAAACCAGGUAUUAAAGGCCAUGAAGGAACAGAAGCGACAGCAAGUAUUGAAAACACAAAGCAAGAAGAAGAAGAAGAAAAAGAACAAACUGAAGAAAAGAAAGAAAAAAAUGAUGCGGGAAAAUCGUAUGGGCAAUCAUCAAACGGCGUCGACUAUGACCAUGACCAUGACCAAGAAAAGAAAUCAGCUCACGAUGAUGUUCAAGCCACCAAAAGAACUCCGUUACCGCCGCAGCUGGAAACUGUGAGGGCCGCAUCAUCAUCAUCAACAUCAACAUCUUCAGCCACCAAUUUGGCUCAAGCAAGACCACCGUUGCCACCACAAAGCCUGGUGGUCCACGAGUCUGACGCUAGCAGUACUCUGGCAGCAAGACGGCCGCUUCCUCCUCAGAAACAAUUGCUCGGUAAAAACGAGAUUCCUAGAGCCCAACCUCGUGGAAAGUAUCCCAUUGCAGCAAAUUUCCCUACACACCAAACUGACCCUUCAAUUCCACCGCCACCUUCAACGCCUCCAAUCCCAGCAAAUCCAAGACGGAGUACAUUCGGAUCCGGUAAUCAUAGAAAUAGUUUCCAUGACCGCGACCCUGGAGGACCACGCGGACGGGCGCACGAUGGCUGGCGCAGGCAGGACAAGGCUCAUCAGCCGUCUCCGGCUAGAAACGAGGCAAAAACCGUGGACGCAGAUGACAGCAGACCCAAGAUGCGAGGAGCUACUUAUGACAAUCGUAGUCCGCCGGCUCGUGGUCCCGGUGGUGGAGGAGACGAUUCUGGACAACGUCAGUUCGAUAACAAAAGACGCAGCGAUGGCCACAACGGAAGGGCAGGUUAUAAGAAGAGAACUCGAUACUAG